AUGAGAUCAGCAAAAAGUGUCCAAGAGCUCAUAGAUACAGAGACUAAAUUCUAUAGUUACAUAGACACAUCUCGUCAAUCAUAUGAACACAUUCCAAUCAUUCCAGAUAAUCUCAUCAUUAAGAAAGUGGACUUAGCAUUUUCAGUUUCGCUUCAAGUUCCAAUAAACUUUGACAAAGAUUUGGUUUACUUUGUAUUUUGUCAAUAUGCUGAUAAUUUUAUUGAGUCAUCGAGAAAUUUACUAGAUGGACAAGCAAUGUUUGACAAAAUAGUUUUAAAGGAAACUUACCAACGUUUUAUGGUUCGAAAGGGAUUCUUUUUCGUUGAUGAAUUUACGACACUAAUCAAUAACUUACAGGAAUCUGGAACAUACAAAUUUUGGUAUAAACAAGCAAACGAAAAAUCUUUAGGAAAGUUGCAGGCAGUUGAACAUACUAAAGAAAGUGCAUUCGAUGUAAUAUCAUUCAGUGGAAUGGCAAUUCCACUUAUUGUGUUACUUGUUGGGUGUUUUGUAUCAUUUAUGUUUUUUAUAUUCGAAAACAUUGUUAAUAGAUUAAAAGAAUCAUGCUUAAAUCGAAUAGUACUUAUGAGAAACAGAGUUAAAGGUUUGAAGAUAAAGCGAAGUGUUAACUUAGAUAAAUGGCUGCAAAAGUAUGUCUACAAAAACAAAUUUAAGGCUGAUGAAACUAUUAAGGCACGAAAAGACGAGAUUUUACGAGUGCCUUCUCCAUCAGCAAGUGCUGGACAGAUUCCAACAAGUCUUCGUAGAUCAUCUGCUCGUGCAUUGGCAACAGAAUCAAUGAUUCCACCACGUCAAGGAUCAUUUAGACAACAGCGACUCUCACCUGUUCAGCCUGCAUCACCGGCACCGAUAGAUAAACCAGCACUAGCAUUUUGUAAGAGAAGGAUGUCAUGGCCUGAAAUAAAUACAACAUCCACAUCACGUGUUCAGGAAAGUGACGGCUCAUUCUUCGAGUCUUUUACAGCACUGUCGUGGAAACGUGAAAAUAGGAGAAUGUCCGCCGUCCGAGCAGCUGAAACUCGUGCUGAGCAAAUGCCAAUUGAUGAGAAGGAAACGAUAAAAGAGGAUGAGAUUGAAACAGUAAAUGAGCGUGAACAAUUGUAUGUGGAUGUUUUAUACACAAUUGCUAAUUGUGUUGGAUGUCAACAACCGGGUGGACAGUAUGCUCACUAUAAGGAUGAAAUGUAUAUAGCAGCACAACGUGCUUUUGGCGUUUCACCUGAUCGACAUUAUCGAUUACUUCACGCCGCAGUUGAGGACAAACCAAAAAUUAUUGUCUUAUCAGUGAUUGUACAAGAAGCAGAAGGACUCGAAGCUAAAGAUGCAAACGGUAAGUUUUUUUGGAAAUGA